CAAGUGGCGAGGCUCUCUGGGUACCUUAUUAUUAGCCUCUGACUAGCUAGCUUGUUCAUUCUACGUCUGUCCCAACUUUGGCACCGGUCUUACUAGAUAGCAAUUUGAACUUCUCGGGCCGGCACCGGACAACAACUAUAAAAACUCUGUGGUGCAGAGUUCUGUCAUUGACAAACAUGAUGGAUCCAACACCUGAAACUGAUGUGCUUCCAGCCAUCGCCAUCGUUGGAAUUAGCGCCGAGCUUCCCAGUGGAGCUCAUAGCCCAAUCAAUCUUGAUUUCGACGCGUUUCAAGAAAUCCUGCUCGACGGAAAGGAUGUCUAUGAAAUAUUUCCUCGUGAAAGAUUGAGCAUUGACUCAUGGAGGGGCCGCGGCCUUGGGCGCAUAAUCACGAACACAGGGGCUUUUGUAAAAAAUUUAACGCUCUUCGAUUAUUUAGAAUUCGGCGUCUCAGCGCGAGAUGCAAAGGCGAUGGCCGUCGGAGGUCGAAAGCUCCUGGAACAGUCUUUUUUGGCCCUCCUGGAUUCUGGUAUCGACUACCGCAGUCGAAAUGUCGGGUGUUAUGUGUCAGCAGUCGAUUUUGAUAUAAACAACGUCACGGAACCGGAUGUGUUCGAAGCCCGGGGCUCAUUCGCCGGGGCACCGUGUAUGGUCGCAAAUCGAAUCUCGUAUUAUUUAGAUCUCCUCGGCCCUUCCAUUCCAUUAGACACGGCUUGCAGUUCAAGUCUUACCGCGACGCACCUAGCGGUGCAAGCUCUUCGAAACGGUGAUUGCGAAGCUGCCAUAGUGGGCGGAUCUCAAAUCAAUCACAGACUUAUCGACUGGAUAAACUACAGUCAGGGAUCCGUUCUCUCUCUAGAUGGCAAAUGCAAGCCAUUUGACGCAUCCGCGGAUGGAUUCGGUCGCGGAGAAGGCACUGUUGUCGUCGUGCUGAAACUACUCAGCGAUGCUAUCCGCGAUGGAGAUCACAUUUAUGCCUCAAUACUCGGGACUGGAAUAAACUCUUGCGGAUGCGCAGCCCCUGUCAGUGCUCCCGUGGCCGAUGCACAGAAGGAUGCAAUGCUCAGGGCAUACUCAAGUACUGGCCGCUCACCAUCCGAAGUAGACUUCAUCGAACUGCACGCUACAGGUACAGCUGCGGGAGACCCAACUGAGGCAAACUGGGUCGGCGAAGCGUUCAAACGUAACGGAGAGCUAUUACUUGGCAGCGUGAAAGGAAAUCUCGGGCACCUGGAAAUUACAGCUUUCCUCGCGUCACUGAUUAAAGUAUGCUCCAUCUUCCGUAACGGAGUAAUACCACCGACUGCCAACUUCUCCCGACCUAAUCCAGCUAUCAAGUGGGCGGAAUAUAACCUGCGGGUAGUGAUUGAGCCAACGGUACUUUUGCCUCGUCAUAAGUCUGGGCGGGCCCUUGUGUCCAUUACUAGCUCUGGCAUCGGAGGCAGUAAUGGUCAUGCAGUUGUCGAAAGCUUUGGAUAUCGUCCUAUCCCGAACGGCAAGACGACUUCCACAAAGCGCGGGCCAGCGCUUAUUAUUACAGGGGGCCUGACACCACGUUCCGCAACAGCAAAUGCCGAGAUGCUGGUCGACACGGUAUCAACUGCUCGCGUCGAUGACUGGCCUAUGCUUUCAGUCAUCCUAGGAAGAAGAGCAAGACAAAUGACCUGGCGGACUUUUGCAGUCGUGGUACCUAACCAACAUCUCGAUGUCGGAAACUUUUCAUCUCCGAAUCUUGUUUCUCGAAGUCGGCCACCUUUGGUCUUUGUUUUCUCUGGGCAAGGGCCUCAACAUAUUAACAUGGGACGACAACUUUUCGCAUCUUAUUCCGUUUUCCGAGAGUCGAUCCUCAGACUUGACCAGAUAUACGAAGAAAUGGUUGGACAAUCUCUCAUGAAAGCAAUCGGCCUAUUCGACACCUCGCUGAGUUCCACUGAGCUUCCUUCAACAUGGCCUAUAUGCAUCGUACUUCCGGCCAUUGCGAUGGUGCAGAUUGCCCUUGUAGACCUCCUUCGGUCCUUCAAUGUCAUUCCGGAUAUAGUAAUUGGUCAUUCGGCAGGAGAGACAGCUGUGAUGUAUGCUUCUGGAGCUGCGUCAAAGGAAAUGGCCUUUUCAGUAGCGAUAGCCCGUGGUACAGCAAUGUCUGUUGUGGAAGAGAUGCAAGGGACUAUGGCAGCGAUAUCCUGUAGUGCAACAGCUGCACAGUCCCUUAUUGACACGGUUACUGAUGGAGAUGCGACUGGUAAAGUAGAGAUCGCAUGUUUCAAUGCUCCGGAAUCUGUUACCAUAUCUGGGUUAGAAUCGUUCGUCACAAAGGCAGUUGAACUUGCGAAAGAGUGUGGACACUUUGCGACGAUUUUACGAACACGCGUUCCAGUCCAUUCCAGUAUCAUGGAAACCUGCAGGCAGAAGUACGAGGCCUUAAUCCAAGAUGUCUUUAAAGCGUAUCCCGGUGACCAUCGCCCGAGAGUCACGACUUAUUCGACCUUGACUGGUCAGCGAUGGAAUACUUCAUUCACUCCUGGUUAUUUCUGGGAGAACGCACGAAAUCCUGUACGAUUUACAGACGCUAUGUCAGCGUUGCUACUUGAUUCACCUAAUGCAACGUUCGUGGAAGUCAGUCCUCACCCAGUGCUUUCUUCAUACAUUUCCGACCUAGGAGUGACUCGUGGCUCUGUAAUUUGUCCCAUGCGACGUACAAAAACUUCGGAUGAAUUUCACGAGCAGAGGGUUCUUUUGCAUUGUCUUGGGAUAUUAGUCUGCCAAGGGUCUGUCAAUGCCGACUACAUGGCUCUCAACAAGGUCCACGCUGUUGACUCGAAGCGCAUUGUACUCCCACCAUAUCCCUUAGUUCGAAGGCACGUUCCGUAUUAUCCCAAUCACUCUGUCCUCUCUAGGCAUCAGUUGAACGAGCGAGGUGGGGCCUUGAACGGACGUCACCUUAGGAUAAACUCCGCAACACACCCGGAUAUAGCCCAGCACGUCAUCAAGGAUGAACCCAUCAUGCCGGCAGCAGGCUAUUUGGAAAUGGUAUUUGAAGAGGGUGCAAGGCAACUAUGGAACGUUGACUUUCGUUCUCUGUUUUCAUUAUCUUCUUCGUAUCCCGCCGCUUUGGGCCUCGAACUCGACGGCAUUCAUUUCUCUGUGGUAUCCUAUUCGGAUUCGGAAACUAAAGAGGGUCGCCGUCUUCAUGCAGAAGGCUACCUAUCUAGAGAACCCGAAGCAAACAGUUUCAGUCUCGAUCCGUUCCAGUUAAGCACUGUGUUAGAGCGUUGUUCUAAAGUCGACAUCUCAGACUUCUACGAAUCGCUUAAAUACUUCGCGAACUACGGUCCUCCGUAUCAACGAAUUAUGACUUGCUAUAAGGGAAAGCAUGAGGUUUUAGCUGAAGUGCGUGGAACAACGGACGAUCUUGAAAAUUCCCACCAAUAUGUUUUCCAUCCCGCAAUUUUGGAUUCCUGCUUUCACGUCGCAGUCCAUCGCAUGCUGACAGGGAGUGUUGACAACAACGAGUACUAUCUACCUUCACAUGCCGAUAAUGUGUAUAUUUCCGAGGCUCUCGUUGCCAACGGGCCACCUGCUGUACUUUAUGUGCACGUCAUGUUCCGCCGAUGGCAUCCAGAUCAUCUCGUUUACGACUUCACUAUUGUAGAUGAGAGUGGCAUACUCCUUUGCUCGAUUCAUGGCUUUGAAGUUGCCAGGCACAAGUCAAUCCCGGAUGCCAGCAUACGACACCGCUUCGACAUAGUUAACGAAGUUGUUCCUCCUGAGAAGUAUCAGCGUCUGCCGAACGGAGAGAAGAUUGGAUAUGGCGACACAACCUUACAUGUACUCCAGUUCAAACGUGGACACGAAAUGGAUCUGAAGCGAGCACUGCAAGGGAUAGACAGGAACAAGCUGGCGGUGCUUUGGGUAUUUGCUGGCUUGGGAAAGGAUGGUGCCGCUGCACAAGGGUUUACGAGGUCACUUCGCCGGGAAGUUUUCAUAUGGGACAUUCACCUAGUACUCCUGCCCCAGGACUGGGAUGUGUCCAGCCAGUAUUCCAUGGUGAAAAAUCUUGCAGUAUCCGAAGAAUCCGAAGCAGAAGUCGUUGUUGCUAAUGACGGAAGCAUCUCUGUACCCCGAGUAUCUGAAUCACCUGCUCCUUCGGCUCCGCGUUUCGACACGAACGCUCUGUGGAGUUUGAAUAAGAGACUUCAACUCGAGCAGGCACGCUCUUACCAUGUCCCUGAAGGAUGUUUUCUUAUUACUGUUGAAUUUACCUCGGCGCUUGACUUUUCGUUGCGAGGUAUUGUUGGACGCGUAGCGAAAGGAGAGCGAGAAGGGUCAAAGGUUAUGGGCAUCGUUCCCUCUCACCCGAUAUCAAACUAUGUAGUACUGCACGAAGGCCGUUUCAACUAUAUCGAUGAUGGCACGGUAGCUAGUCCCGAGCUCGCGUUAGGAGCAUUCGCGGCGUUCGUCUCUCUGGGUGCAUCUACGUUGGCAAGACCAUCUAGGCUGAAGGGAAAAACUGUUCUGGUUACCAAUGCGUCUAGCUCUGUUGGUCGAGGUUUGCGACAUGUACUCACAGUACUGGAUAUCAAGCAUAACUUGGUUGGGGAAAUCUCCGAGACCUUGAAGGAAUCGCUUAUGCCUUAUGAUAUCAUCGUGUCGGGAGCCACUAGGAAGGCAGAAAUCCAAUUGUUAACAAGUAUGGCGAGCGGUUCCUCCUUGGUAUUCUGGAACAAUGCAGGAUGUGGCCUGCAGGCAGUGUACGAUAGAGAAGUUUGGGCAGUGCAGGACUCCCUUGAGUUAGUUAGGCAUAUGACAAGACGAGACUAUGCUCUUGAGACUGGUGUCUCACCCACCGGGGUGCUUUCAUCUGAAGUGGAUCUUGACCGUGUGACGGUUUUCUGGCGCUUAUUUGAUCCUGAAAAAACGUAUGUCUUAAUCGGUGGGAUCGGAUCUCUAGGUAUGACCAUCGCCGUAUGGAUGUAUAGAAAUGGUGCACGGCGGAUCGUGAUGACAUCGCGCAACGGCCUAGCGUCCUCUUCAUUAGCGAAAAACGAUAAUGCUGUUCGGAUGCUUGACUAUCUUCAAAGCCUUUACGAUCUAGAAUUGCGUCUGGAAAAUUGCGACGCCACCUCCCGCAAUGACAUGAGAAGGCUGCUAGCAAGCAUCGACAGCCCAUUGGGUGGCUGCAUGCUUCUUUCUGCUAUCCUUUCUGACAGGACCUUCUUCGCGCAUAACGAAGAGACAUACGAGGUGCCAUUCAAGCCUAAAGCGAUGGCCUUUGAGGUACUCGAAGGAGUAAUCGAUAUCGGAAAGUUGGAUUUUUUCGUCACGUUCUCUUCCGGUACGUUAUUUGGAAAUGCCGGUCAAACUAACUAUUCGAGUGCAAAUACCCUCACCGACGAAUUGACUCGCAAAUAUCCCAACGCUUUCGCACUUGUAACACCUGUUAUCCUGGAUAGUACGAUUGCGCUCGACUCGACGUUCUCCAAGCUCAAAAAUCUUCUGCCCUGGGGUAUAACAUCUGAAGCAUUGUGUACGUACAUUGGAGACGGGAUACGGAAGUUAGCAGAUGGCGCUUUCUGGCUUUACAUCCCUGACCUCAACUGGAAUAUCGUAUACAGUUCUCUCGGUUCAUCUUCGUUAUACGAUCACUUGGCCGUGAAGCCCGACGAAGCAAAACCGGAACGGUCAGAGAAACCACCACUCCCACUAAAGGAGAUAGUUUUGGCGCAUCUCGACGUCAAAGCCGAUGACUUGUCGCCAAAUGUUCCAUUAACUUCGUAUGGACUCGACUCCCUAUCUGCCGCGCGACUGUCCUUCGACCUUCAACCGUUAUUGUCUGUCACGCAACUGCAACUGCUCGCCAAUGUCAGUUUGAGCGAUUUGGAAAGCAGAGCUCGUGAUAGUCCACCUCCAGGAAAGACGGCUGCUCACCAAAGUGGAGAUGGGUCCGACUUCAAUUGGGCGAAACUUAAUCAGCCGGGUGAAACUAUUGUUAAGCUUCGUGACCUGGACGGGAUUCCACUUAUUCUACUCCAUGGUGCUAGUGGUAUCGUAACUGCUUUCAGGCCGCUUCAAGAGCAUUUCUCCACGCCAUUAUGGGCUAUACAGACUACCCCAGAGACACCAUUUCAGUCAAUCUCUGCCAUUGCGAGAUUUUACUUUGAUCAGAUAAAGAAGCAACGGCCAGACGGGCCGUAUCGAGUUGGAGGCUUCUCAGGAACUAGCCUCAUUACGUUCGAGAUCGUUCGUCUGCUCGAAGCGAAUGGAGAUGAAGUCGUCCAGCUCGUAUUCCUUGACCAUUUCCCUAUGCUUUUCUGCUCACCGAUAUGGACAUGGGAUGAUGAGACCAUACGUGAAGGUAGACCAAGCAAUCGGCUUGUUGCUCAGCAGGCCUGGGUUAUAUGUACUGCGAUUCGGGGAGAUCCAGCCGUUAACAGGCAUAGCGUAGCGGAUGCACUUAUGGAUGCUGCGAGCGGAAAAGGAGUCCGUCCCCACAUUAGGCACUUCUAUGAGACGCUCAAGGUCUUGGUAGAUAUGGUCAUGACGUUUUUGCUUGAUCUUUCCGGAGGGGACCUUGACUUGGUACAGGAUGCGCUGGUGAAGUGGAUAAGCGGAAUCAAGGUACCAUUUACAGUAUACGUAGCUUCCAGCGGGAUACGACGAGCACUUCCAGCAGAGGAAUGGAAUACGUGGUCGGAUUUUGGCACGAAUGUCAUUCCGAGUGCUAAAGUCGUCACAGUCGAGGGCGAUCAUUAUAGUUUCAUGGAAUCGAAAGCUCUGAGUGAUAGUCUUCAGCAUGGUUGGCAAUGGCCAUGAGGACAGAGGGAGUCAGGCUCGAAAUUCUCUGUUCUGUUGUUGAACGUACUGGAGCUUUGUAAAUAUUUGACUGUAU